CCGUGUGUGAGUGCAGCUGGCGUGCAUUUGCUUGUGUGUAUGUGUGUGAGUGUGAGUGUGUGCGUGUCUGAAUGCGAACAAGUUCAUAUAUAUAUAUUUAUAUAUAUAUAUACAUUUUUUUGUGGUAACCCCCCUCCAACACCUUUCAAUUAAGCUGCCGGGGGUUACGUGCGGGCUACGGUCGAGCGAGGCGUCUGUCAGAAGAGGAAAAAAGACUUCCCCGCAACUAAUGAACUCGAAAAUAACAAGUUUGCUGCGCACAGCCUUUGAAAAAACAAGCAGCAUCUACGCAGUUUAUCGAAUUUCGGUGUAUUCUUUUUAUCGACAGCAGCUAACUUGGAGCUACGAGUGUGCGGCGGCCGCUAUUUUUUUUUUAAAUUUAUUUUAUUUUACCUGUGUCUCCCCGGUGAGGUUUUGAAGUAAAGUGUGCCUUCUUUUUUGAAUGUUUAAACUGUCGCUCAUGUUAGCUAAUGAAGUCGUAGUAACCGUCACAUAAGACGCAGUCAUAACAACGUAGCUAAUUGCAGGACAAAACCAUAAGCUACUCCAGAAAACAUGCUAAAGACGCUGACCAAGAAGCUCAGAAGACAUUCGCUCAAUGAAAUACAUCCUUUCCAGCUGAAGAUUUCUUACCAUGGCAGCGGAGAGGGAGGGGAGAGUGAUGACUCAGAAGGCGAGAACCAGGAGCUUGCACAGAUUGACAGAGAGAGACGGAGGAAUUGUGCCCUCACUCCUUUGGCCACCAGCCAGCAGCACAACCAGGGUCCCCUCUCCCCAGCCCGGUUACGCCGCCUCCGCCUCCUUUUAGAUGCCAAUCUGGAUCGUCACUCUUCCGAGGAAGAACUCGAGCGAAUCAGCUGUGGUGACAACAGGAAGUGGGUGUCUGCACUCCCCCAGCGCCACGGCGAUCACCACAGCAGCGCCUCCAGUGAUGAGGAGGUGCGCGACCUUUGUGGCUGCGGCUCGCCGUCUGCCUCAGCCAGGCCGCUGGCUGAGCCCGGCGCUCGCCUGGCCGCCUCACCCAGCCCUGUUCUCUUCAGCUCCAGCCCACCACGUAGCCUCAAGCCACCGCCUAUGCGAUUUCAGCUGCAGGUGGUGCAGCCAGUUGUACGGCCCAUCAUUCUGACCCACUUUGACCAGUCAGCACCUUACAGAAAGUAUCGACACAGCUACGGCGGUGAACCUGGGAGACCCAGUCUGGAUCUGGAGAAAAUGCAACAGAAAAUGCUACUGAAAAAGAACUGUGGAGGGAAAACACGCACUAUAAAGAUCCGGAAUCUGACUGGCGGUCGUCCUGCUCCCAGGUACACCUACGACCCCUCCAUCUUCGCCUUCCGCUCCCUAAGCACAGUGCCCCCUUGCAGCCCUCUGACCCCGUCCGAAGAUCCACCUUGCUCAUAAAGAAAUUCAGCCCCACACCCCCUGCCGGAUAAUCCGUUUCCCCCUCAUUCCCAGAUGGCUGCUUUUUUGUGGCUUCUGCAGCGAGACCAAGGAGUGACUCUUCUGAAACUGACCGCUAGAAAGACAUUUGUAUGAUGGGCGGGCUAUUGCACACUCAGGUAAUCCUACCCUGUCACUUUGAUCACUCUCCAUGUGAAAUCCACAGGAGAAGAAAAUGGCCUAACUCAACAUUUCUAAAGAUGCUUCAGGCAGUGCAUACAGUACGCUAUCUGUCUCUGAAAAGAUGCUGUUAUUGGAGAAGGAAUGAUUGAGAAACAGACUGUGGACCAGAUGUGGUACAAAGGGACAACACUGACCAUCUUCAAACCUAAAUGUAGUUUUAGGUUGGAUCAAUAUUCAAGGGAAAUAAUGCAUGUAAGACAAUCAUAUGGUUCCAGGGUUUCUUCCUUUGAUGUGAUUACUGGACAUCUUGUAAGGUUCUUGGUAACUUCAUAUAUUAAACAUGGCCAGGUGAGUCAUCUGAUAUCCUGUUAUUGUUGAGAUGAACAUAGACAGUGGUCACGUUCUUCAUGUGUCUGAAAAACGACUUCUUUGGAUGUGUUAUUGAAUACGCAGGUCACGUAAGGUCGAGCUAUAACAAACAUGUAUGACUGUAGUGGAAUAGUCGACGUUUGACCUUUGAUGAUGUACGUUUCUUAAUGAAUAUGUCACUUGUAGUCCAGGUCAGAGUUAAGUACUUGUUUCCUCUUUCCAUGCAUGAGUUCAACUGUUUUGCAGAAAGAGAGCUAUGUGGAAAUAAGAAAGUAUGAGAAUAGUUUGCUGCACAUUUUGCAAGUGUAAACGGUGCUGUGAUCUGCAUAGCCUACUUGUAGUGUGCCAUUUUUUUUCCAAUAUUGUACCUCAUUACUUUCUAGGUAGAAGAGGACCACUGGUGUAACUAAGACACCCCAGUGUUUUCUAAAGAUCUCCUAAUGCCUUGAAACACUGACAUUCCUGUUCUAUUGAAUGAAACUCGAGGGAGUUCUCAGUCCUUGCAAUGAACUGAUGAAUUGAUUAAACGCAACGUCACCACUGUAACCAAGAUUCUGCCGAAGUGAAUGUAACAUUGUGACAUGUUUUCGUCCCUUGUUGCACAAACAUGAAUCAAUAAAUGCCCUGUGGCCUCUUGUUUA